AUGGACUUUUCACAAUGUGUGGGCCCACAGGACAUCAAAGGCCAGUGCUGGACAGAUGAAGAGUCGGACGGGGAGAAUGAAUCCGAACAAUUCCUAUAUGGCAUUCAGUGCUGCUUGUUGCAGGGGAGCUGUGCUGCUGACCUCUACCGCCACCCUCAGCUAGACGCAGACAUCGAGGCUGUGAAAGACAUCUACACGGACAGCGCUGUGUCUGUCAGGGAGUACGGAACCAUUGAUGACGUGGACAUCGAUCUUCAUAUUAACAUCGGUUUCUUAGAUGAGGAGGUUGCGACAGCUUGGAAAGUUAUCAGAACAGAGCCCAUUAUUCUGAGACUGCGCUUUUCUCUUUCUCAGUACCUCGAUGGACCUGAGCCAUCCGUUGAAGUAUUCCAGCCUUCAAAUAAAGAGGGUUUCAGCCUUGGCCUGCAACUAAAAAAGAUCCUAAGCACAUUCACCUCACAACAGUGGAAGCACCUAAGUAAUGAGUUCCUCAAGGCCCAGCAGGAGAAAAGGCACAGCUGGUUCAAAGCUGGAGGAACCAUUAAGAAGUUCCGUGCCGGGCUUAGCAUCUUCUCCCCCAUUCCUAAGUCUCCGAGUUUUCCUCUGAUCCAAGACACAGUUUUAAAAGGGAAGCUUAGUGUCCCUGAACUGAGAGUGACCCGGCUGAUGAACCGCUCUAUUUCAUGUACCAUGAAGAACCCUAAAGGAGAGCUAUUCAGCUAUCCACCUAAUAGCCAGACUGUGGCUGUCCCAGCGGCCAGGGCCCCAGCGCAGAUUACCACGAGGCAGCUGAUUGAAUUGUUUUUCUCAUCCCAGGCGGGCGGCCACUGCAAGAACAUCCCUACCUUGGAGUAUGGCUUCUUAGUACAGAUAAUGAAGUACUCAGAGCAGAGGAUCCCAACGCUUAACGAGUACUGCGUGGUGUGUGAUGAACAGCAUGUCUUUCAAAAUGGAUCCAUGCUGAAGCCUGCUGUGUGCACCCGUGAGUUGUGCGUGUUCUCCUUUUACACUCUGGGAGUGAUGUCAGGAGCUGCAGAAGAAGUGGCCACUGGAGCUGAGGUGGUGGACCUACUAGUUGCCAUGUGUCGAGCUGCUCUCGAGUCUCCCCGUAAGAGCAUCAUCUUCGAGCCCUACCCAUCAGUCGUUGAUCCCAAUGACCCCAAGACUCUUGCCUUUAACCCAAAGAAGAAGAAUUAUGAGAGACUGCAGAAGGCACUGGAUAGUGUCAUGUCCAUCCGUGAAAUGACCCAGGGUUCAUAUUUGGAGAUUAAGAAACAGAUGGACAAAUUGGACCCUUUGGCCCACCCCCUGCUGCAAUGGAUCAUUUCUAGUAACAGGUCUCAUAUUGUCAAGCUGCCUCUUAGUAGGCAACUGAAAUUCAUGCACACCUCCCACCAGUUCCUGCUGCUCAGCAGCCCCCCAGCCAAGGAAGCUCGAUUUCGCACUGCCAAGAAGCUGUAUGGCAGCACCUUUGCCUUCCAUGGUUCCCAUAUUGAGAACUGGCACUCUGUUCUGAGAAAUGGACUGGUCAACGCCUCUUAUACUAAACUUCAGCUGCAUGGGGCAGCGUAUGGAAAGGGCAUCUAUCUGAGCCCCAUCUCCAGCAUAUCUUUUGGAUACUCAGGAAUGGGGAAAGGACAGCACCGUAUGCCCACAAAAGAUGAGCUGGUGCAGCGUUACAACCGCAUGAAUACCAUACCACAGGUGAGGGAGACACGUGAGAGCCGGCCAAUACAAUCAAGGUUUCUUCAGAGUCGAAACUUGAACUGCAUUGCUCUUUGUGAAGUUAUCACAUCGAAGGAUCUUCAGAAACAUGGUAACAUAUGGGUGUGUCCUGUGUCCGAUCACGUCUGUACUCGCUUCUUUUUUGUAUAUGAGGAUGGUCAAGUAGGAGAUGCAAACAUCAACACGCAAGAGCCUAAAGUCCAAAAGGAGAUAAUGCGUGUAAUUGGGACCCAGAUCUACUCCAGUUAA